AUGGUGACACCAAGGAGGUUUCGUACUGUUUGUAACCUAUUGUGUACAAUGAGGGUUGGAUGUCCGAGCCUCCAUUGGAAGAUUGUGUGGCUGCUGUUAGAAGAUCUGUGGUUGGAGUCAGAAGCUAGAAAGCAGGAGCUCAUUAAUUUAUUCUAA